AUGGGUAUCCCGGAUCAGAUUGUCGUCCUAUUGGUCAUCAUAGGCGCUGCGGCUUUCGUCACCAUGGGCUUUGCCUUCCAGAGGCUGUUCGGUGGGCAAGAUCCGAACGAAGGGAAAUUCAACGUCAAGCUACCCGAGCAGGAAGCUCAGACCUUCACAUCGCCAUCCUCGAGAGAUAUGAAACCCCCACCCGGUCGGUACAACACCACGAGGGCAGGCCCCUUCCGAUACUUCUUUGAGGCUUUGCAGCAGAAAGAAGCGGGGACGUUAGAGAAAAGGAUCAAGAAAUGGGACAUUUGGGAUAAUAAUGAACAAGCUCCUCAAGUCCAUACGGGUUUCCAAACUGAUGGUCACCCCUCAGCGCCAGCCCGCGUUUGCCAACGCAGAACACCUGGACGACUCGUGCCAGGUGAUAAGCAAAACAAGGAAGAUCGACCGGCAUAG